AUUUAUUGCGCUGUAUUUUUCUGGAUAAUUUUCGCGUCGUUUCCUGGAUUAUUUCAUCACUUAGCAAAGUGUGCGUUUGCACAUAGGCAAACAAAAUAGAGAAUUGGGUGAACUUCAUCGCCAUGGGCCGCCGGUGCUGCGUGGCCAACUGCCCGUCGACGUCGCGUCUGUUGGAGCACAACGGCGUGACUUACCACUCCUUCCCCCUAGAUCCCAUCAUCCGCGCCAUAUGGAUCAAAAACUCUCGCAUCAGCCUGGAGCGCCAGAUCACCAAGAGCGUGCUGGUCUGCUCACGCCACUUCCGCCGUUUGGACUUCAACACUAUCCGCAAUGGGAAGUAUCUGCUCAAGCCGCGCGUCUUUCCCACCGUUUUUCCAUGGGGCAAGAUGGAUACCGCGGAGAUCGAAGCAGACCAACGGGCACUUCAGCACGCCAGCGUGGAGGGAACGACUGAAACCCCGGGAAAUGCUCAGUCAUCGACCAAUGACGAUGUGAUCAAAGCUACGGUAGACCAAAUAGUUGCGCAAAUCCUGUCGGAAUCUGCAGAACGCAAGGCCACGGAGGAAGGUAAAACAGGCAAGGCGGCGGAUGACGUUAAAAAUACUCCCGAAAGUGGAGAAGAUGCAAACAAGGCAGCUGCAAAGGAACCCUCAGGGACUCCGGUAGCCGCAAGCAGCGAAGCCACAGUCCCAGCUCCUGGAUCCGCUUCCAGUUCGAACUCACCUUUGCCCGGCACACCGCCCAAGUACAGCAACCCACAUAACCUGACUAUUGGCGCCCGUUUGGAGGCGCUCAGUGUGGAAGGCAACUGGUUGCCCGCCCGCAUCGUGGAAGUUAACGAGACGGAGCAGACGCUACUCGUGCGCUUUGAGCGCAAUCACAAGCUAAAGGUGUCACCUUCGACCAGCGGCAGCUUUCAGGAGUGGAUGGCCAUCAAGUCGGAGCGGCUGAGGCAGCGCCUCAGCAACCGUGUGCUGCCCGUCUUUGAGCUGGACGAGAAGUGCAUGGCCCGCUGGUCGGGGCCGCGUAAGUUUCCAGGAACCAUACGCAAGUUGCUGGGCAACGAUACCUACGAGGUUCUCUUCGACGAUGGUUACGUUAAGAACGUGCGCGCCGUGCACAUGAACAAGAUGCCCAAGCAGUUGCCCCCUGUUCAGGUAGCGGAAGAGGGUGCCUCAAAGUCACCCACUCCUGUUGGAACUCCAGUAAGCUCUGCACCUGUGGCUCCGAAGCGGGCGAGCACAGGCAGCCUUGGCGGAUCCAGUGGCUCUUCGGGCAGCAAGAAGAGCAAAUGUGCACCUCAGCGCAGGGAUUGGCCGUUGCUGGACAUGGCCAGUUUGGAUAUAGCAUCCCUUGGACUCCCAGAAAUACCGCAUGACGGCGAGUGGACUUGUCAUUGGGUAAAUGACCAGCCUAUUGGAACCGAGGGUUUUCUGAUUGUGGGCGAGCACCAGAAACCCACUGUUAUCGUGCAGGAUUGGCGUCUGCCUCCUGGCUGGAUCAAGCACAUGUACCAGCGGUCCAACGUCCUCGGCAAGUGGGAUGUUAUUCUGGUCUCGCCCAGCGGCAAACGUUUCCGCUCCAAGUCCGACUUGAAGUUGUUCCUUGAGUCCCAGAAUCUGGUCUACAACCCGGAUGUGUACGACUUUAGCAUCCAUCGACGUCGUGCCAAAGACAUCAAUGCUUACGUCUACACACACGGCUACAAUCCGCAGCCACCGCCCAAGCCCAGGCCCAUGGAUGUGUCGAUGAACUCCACGCUGGACCAGAGCAUCACGUCGCAACAUUCUUUACCUUCUACUCCGAUGCCGGUGAAAGAAAGCCAGUACAUGGAAGCACCGGUGGCCUCGCUUAUGCCACCAGCUGAGUUAAUGUCGCCGCAGACGCAGCCUGCCGAUGAGACAAAGCCCAAGAUAGAAGCAGAAAUACUGGAAGCCAGUGAGGGAGGUACCUCUCAGCUUAUGUUAGCAGAUCCUCAUGUGGUGGAAAAUGGCUUUGCUUUCAUUGGGGGCCUAAAAGUCAAAAUCCAAGACAAUCUUUAUGUAUGCCCGCGCGAAGAUUGCGCCAAGACCUAUCGCAAAGAAGACUUUCUGCUAAUCCACAUUCGCCAUUAUCACAAGGAGUUUGCAGAACACGUCAGCCACUGUCCAAAGAUGCAGGAACUAGCGGUCAAACGUACGCACCCCUCAUCCAUCGAUCAAGUUGAGGCGGUGCCAAAAAACCAAAUACCCAACCAGCAAUUCUUUGCCAAAAUGCACCAGCAGGAUUUGCAGCAGUCACGAUCGUUUAAACGACAGAGUGUAUCAGCUACGGCCACAUCUUCAACGCCAUCUGACAUAACGCCUACUAAGGCCCUGUUAUCUCCUAAGAUGGAGCCACCAAGUGUGUCGCCAACUGUUGAAAGUGGCAUUAAACAAGAAGAUGUUUCUCUGGAUGCUGGUCCAACUCAGUCGUUUAAUCCUUCAUUGAGUCGUUCCUGCAAGCGUGCACGCUUGUCGCCGUCGAAGCGGCCAUCUGGCUCGCGAAAGAGUAACCGCCAGCGCUCUCAGCGUCGUCCCAUUUUGUCAGAUAACCCGGCUGGUCAUGGCUUAACCGAACAAGAUGUUGAGGAGACACGGCAAUCUUUUAACACCCCCACUCCGGAUACGCGCAUCGACUCGAAAAAACGCCGCAGUGGUGCGGCAACAACUCCCAUCAGUUCCAUUGACUCACCAGCCAUGGGAGAUUCGGUGUCCACGCCAUCAUCUAAUGACCAGACCGACAUAAAUGCAGCCCUUGCCCCACCACCAGCUGAAACGUUAAGCAAAGCACCACAGUACAUCAAGGAAAAUGGUGAACUAAUUCGAAUUGUGCGCAUGCGGCAGGAGGAGAUCAUUAACUGCAUCUGCGAGUAUGGCGAAGAGGACGGCCUAAUGAUCCAAUGUGAAUUGUGCCUAUGCUGGCAACACGGUGCAUGCAACGGAAUUGUCAAAGAGGCAGAUGUACCGGACAAGUAUGUGUGCUACAUUUGUCGCAAUCCGCAGAGGGGUCGGGAUUCUAUGAGAUUUAAGCACGACCAGGACUGGCUAUUCGAAGGCAAGUUGCCGGUGGCCGCGUAUCACACUGCAAAUCCACAGGCCACCAAACAAUUCGAGCUCUUGAAGCGCUCGCACACGCUGACCGGCAAUUUGCUAGAUGCCAAGCGAUCGAUGCACUCGCUGCUGGUGAAGAUUAACAUCGCACGCAACCGCUGUCAUCCGAAGCUUUAUCUAUGGGCCAAAAAGUGGGACGAAGACAAUCUGGACUCUACUGCGUUGACACCGGUUAAGCGUGCAAAAUUGGAGGCCCCCGACCUUCCGAACGUUCCGCAACCGGAAGCUGCCAUCGAUCCGGAGGAGUGCCAGUACCGUUUGAUCGAGCAUAUCAAGGUGCAGCAAUCCUUGGUUCUCGAUCGGCUGAAUGACAUAGAAGCCGAAAUGGACGAACUUGAAAAGGAGGACACGUUGGAUGACUUAAAGGACGCUGACAUCUCGACCACAAAAGAGGCGCUGGCCACGUUUAUUAAGGAGCUCGAAACCAUGAAGCGCCUUGCCAAGCUCAACCAGGUGGCCAAUAUGAAGCAGACCCUCAGAGAUUCUGCCACUAGCAAGUAGCAUUUCUAUUGAUCACGGUUAUAGGGGUCUAAUGAGGAUUUUCUUUUAAGCUAUUUUCGAACUGUUUCCAUAAUUUUGCAGACGUGUAGAUAGUAACCGUACAAGCUUUUUCUCUUCAAAAAAAAUAUUGCUAUACUUUAUAAAGUUUGAUAAUAUAAUGGAAUUUAAAUGUAUAUUCUUUUAAAGUUAACCAUGUGAGAAUACAGAAAAUUAUAAUUUCAUGCCCAAUUAU